AUGACCAUGGGAGAUGAUGAAACAGUAGAUGACUUUCAUGGUAGAAUUCUCAAAAUCUCUGGUCAAUGUCGUAGUCUGGGGGCACUCUUUGAUGAAGACAAGAUUGUCAAAAAGAUACUCAGAGCGCUGCCAGAAAAAUUUCAUUCAAAAGUCACAAGCAUAGAGGAUUCAUUUGAUAUUGAUGAGUAUCCACUCGAUGAACUCAUCGGAAAUCUUAAAACUUAUGAAAUGAGAUUGAAGCCUGAGAAGAAAAAUAAAGGUGUGGCCUUCAAGGCUAUCAAAGAAGAGGAAGAGGAGACACUGGAUCUUGCACUAUUGACAAAGGAAUUUAAAAAGUUCCUCAAAAACAAGAACUCAUCCAGAAAUCUCAACACACCCAAGAAAAAUUCCUACAAUGGCAGUAGCAGUAGUGAUUACAACAACAAGAAUGGGAGAAGUGAUGACGAGUCUCAGGAAGUUGAAAAUGUUGCGUUUGUGUCAUCACUUCUACCUGACUCCGAUAGUGAUGAAGCCUUCUCUGAUGAUGAAACAAAUAUCCGCUGCAGACAACUCUACAAAGCCUCAAAGGCAACUCUCCUCAAAAACUUGAGUUUGGAAAAAGAAGUUGAAUUCCUGAGAAGCGAAAAAGAAAAAUUAGAGAAACUUUUGGAGACAUCACAAUUUGCAUGGGAACUGGAAAGAAGCAAACAUGUAGGUGAACUAGCAGAAUUGCAAGAUGACCAGAUAUCUUCAACUUGGAAGAGUGAAAAGACAGAGUAUCUCAACAGAAUCAAAAUACUAGAACUGGAAGUUAAAGGACAACAAGUAUUGAACUUGGAAUUAUUAGCUAAAGUUGAGAUCUUGCAAGAUGAGUUACGAUCAACUCAAGAAAAGUUCAACAAGUUCGAUGUUAGCUCUAGUUCCAUGUCCAAGUUGCUUGGAUCAGGAAAAGCUCCUCAUGACACUUCUGGAUUAGGGUACAAUGGAGAAAGUUCCAAGAGCACUAAGUUCGUAAGAGCAUCGAGAUCAUCUGUUGAAAAGAAAGAAGCUUCCAUGGAUAAUCAAGUCACAGUCAUGAAGAAACGGAGGGAAGAUCAACCACCACCAAACUAUUAG